CCAGGACAGUGGUGGGUGCCCUAACAUGCCAGCUGUGUCCUUGCGUCUGAAAACAGGGGUACAGAAACUGCCAGCCAACAGCAGGCCUGGAGUCCAUCCCGUGGGAGUGGACAGCAGAGAACCUUUGCUGUCCGAGAUGACUGUUCCUGUGGCCCUAUGGGUCCCCAGUGGAUGGGCAGGAGACGGGCCCCAGCUGACUGGAGACCCUCAGGCCACACACCCACUGGCCUGAAUGCCACCCUCCUCCAGGUCUGCCCCUGAGGCUGUUGAUGUUUGGUCCGUCUGAGCUGGUCACUCCCCACUCCGGCGGGAAAACCUUGUCAAGGACAGUUGGACAAAUUGGUCACAGGCCACACUUUGUAUCACUGCUGGGAAGGAGAUAGGCGCCAGUUGAAACAGAAGGGGCUUUGAGGAGGCCCAGGCUCCAGGCGGGCACAGGCACUGGCCCCCAAGGUCACGUCUCCUCCCAGAGAAGACAGGCCGUCCUCUAGCACAGACAUCCCAGGUUCACCCGCCCAUAUAAGCCGGGGCAGCCCAGCCCCUCGCAGCUCCCAGGAUGCAGGCUGCGCGUCCCAGGCUGGCCCUGGUGCUGUGGGCCGUGGGGGCCCUGCUGAGGGCCGGGACCCCUGGACAGGAGACCUUGCCCAGGGAGCCCUCUGUAGGCACGGGGGGCCUCAUCUUUCACCAAGACUGGGACUGGCUGCCCCCGGGGGUCCGGCCGCCAGGCAGCCUGCAGGACCCCCUGUGCCUGGUGACGCUGGGCGGGGGCGGCAAUGGGAGCAGCGCCCCCCUGCGGGUGGUGGGGGCGCUGAGCAGUUAUGAGCAGGCUUUCCUGGAGGCUGUGUGGCAUGCUCUCUGGGGGCCCCGCGACCUGGCCACCUUUGGGGUUUGCACCCCCAGCACUGGGCAUGCUGCCAUGCCCCCUCUGCAGUGGCUCCAGGUGUGGCUGGAGGAGCCCAGGGGGCGGCGGCUGGUGGUCCUGCACCUGGAGGAAGUGACGUGGGAACCAACACCCUCGCUGAGGUUCCAGAAGCCCCCACCCGGAGAAAUCAGCCCCCUGGAGCUGGCGCUGCUGGUGCUGUACCCCGGGCCUGGCCCCGAGGUCACUGUCAUGGGGGCCGGGCUGCUGGGCGCCCAGAGUCUAUGCCCGAGCGGGGAGACCCGCUACCUGGCCCUGGCGGUGGAGCACCCGGCGGAGGCCUGGCGCGGCCUGGGGCUGGCCCUAACCCUAAAGCACCGCGGAGACGGAGCCCCCUUGAGCAUCGUCCAGCUGCAGGCGCUGCUGUUCGGCACCGACCCCCGCUGCUUCACGCGGAUGACCCCAGCCCUGCUGCUGCUGCCUGGGCCCAGGCCCGCACCCAUGCCCGCGCACGGCCAGCUGGACACGUUGCCCUUCCCGUCGCCCAAGUGCGCGCUGGCUUGGCCCAGGGGCACGGGGAGGUGGGGAUGGUGCAGCCUCACGCCCACACCCGAACCCCCUCGCCUUCCAGGCCGACGCAGCGCGGGGGCCACCAAAGGGCCUUGCGCACUGCACGAGCUGAGCGUUGAUCUGCGCGCCGAGCGCUCGGUGCUCAUCCCCGAGUCGUACCAGGCCAACAACUGCCAGGGCGAGUGCGGCUGGCCGCAGUCCGACCGCAACCCGCGCUACGGCAACCACGUGGUGCUGCUGCUCAAGAUGCAGGCCCGCGGGGCCGCCCUGGCGCGCCCGCCCUGCUGCGUGCCCACGGCCUACGCCGGCAAGCUGCUCAUCAGCCUGUCGGAGGAGCGCAUCAGCGCGCACCACGUGCCCAACAUGGUGGCCACCGAGUGUGGCUGCCGGUGACCCCGCGAGUGGCUCCCCUGCCCAUAUUUAUUCGGACCCCAAUAAAGACCACAAG